AUGGCGCUUCGAUCCACCUACAAGCAUCAUCAUGCCGAUACGAAAUCAGCUGCUAGCUCUUUGGACGUUCUUGCUUCUUCGGGACUUUGCGCGGUCCUAUAUAUCGAACAUCGCCAUGCUAUUAGAUCCUCAACUCUCCUCGCAUUAUAUCUAGGCGUACGUCUUCUUCUAGAGGCUGCUGAGAGCCGGUCAUACUUUCUGCGAGACCUUGUUUCACUGGGCGGCAUCACCGCCGCCAUGGCCGCCACACGCUUGACCCUUCUCAUUAUUGAAGAGAUCCCCAAGCAGCACCUAAUUAUCGAUCCAGAAAUCUGGAAAUUAUCCAGUGGAGAAGCAACAAGUGGUUUUUGGUGCAGAACCUUUUUCUUCCUUCUAGGUCCCAUAUUUUAUCUCGGCUAUCACGGUGUUUUGAAGACUGAAGGCCUCGUGAGUCUUGGUAUCGAGUUCUCCUCUGUGCGAUUGUUUGCAGGACUUUCAAAACGUUGGAAGUCUUUCAAUCAGUCUAGACGGCACUCGUUAUUACUAGCGUGUUGUUGGGAGUGGAAAGGCGCUCUGUGUGCGGUCCUGAUUCCGCGGGUCAUCCUUUCUGUCUUGACGUUUUCGCAGCCUAUUUCUAUACAAAAGGUUGUCGAGGCAAUCGAAGACGAGAGAAUCGGAGAUGAUGAAAGCGGUCGUCUUGUAGCCGCUGUCACCCUGACCUUUGCCGGCUCUGCACUGUGCCGAGCCGUGUCAAAACACAUGACUAUACGAUUGCUCACCCGUGUCCGAGGUGGACUUCUCUCAGUACUCUUGGACAAGAACAUGAAGCUCAGACUAUCGGACGCAAGAAGAAAUGCCAUUGUUACCCUCAUGAGUGCUGAUUUCGAUGGCAUUGCUAAUGGCCUACCGUCUUGCGUGGAGAUUCCCAUCACAUUUCUCGAGACGGGCUUAGGCAUGUUUCUGCUCACGCGUUUCGUCCAGCAGUCCAGUUUUGUUAUCAUCUUUCCACUCAUAUUCGCCACUCUUAUUAACAUCAUAUGCGGUAAGUAUAUGAGAGCAGCGCAGAGAAAAUGGAACGAGAGCAUCCAAACUAGAGUGACGAAAACUUCGCGAGUUUUGUCUCAGCUCCCUGCAAUCAAGAUGCUUGGCCUUGGCCCAAGGACGACUGAAUUUAUUCAACAUCUUCGAAUACGUGAAAUAAAGACGGCCAAAAAAUACCGCACUAUUCAAAGUGGCGUCAUCUACUCGGCCACGUUAGCGGACCUUCUCUGCCCAACUAUCCUCGUCGCAGCAGCAUUGUUUCGGGGGGCUUUCGGAGACCUCAUAAUGCCUGCCAUGGUAUAUCCUACUCUUGCUAUUGUGGCGCUUGUUCAGCUCCCUCUCUCGGCACUUUUCCGCUCUUAUCCAGCUGCGAUGACUACGCUGGGAUGCUUUGAACGUUUGAGGGAAUUUCUUUGCCACGAAGAGCAUCGAGACCCUCGAAUACUACAAAUUCCACACGAAGUUGAAGAUGAUCGAUCUCCACAUCAGGAUUCACUCAUGGAAAGGUUGGAAGGGAGGGAACGACAAUCGCCUGGGAUGGUCCACUUCGACGACGUUAGCCUCACUAUCUUCGGCAGCGAUAAGCCUAUACUCAGUGGAAUCAAUUUUACGCUUUUUCCUGGCUCAAUGGCGGCACUUUUUGGCCCGACGGGUUCUGGGAAAACUAGCUUCAUAAACUCUAUACUUGGGGAAGUCGAAAUCUUAAGCGGUACACUCCAUGUUGAAGACACUGCGAUAGCAUUAGUGGGACAAUCCACCUGGUUACCCAACCUCUCCCUUCUAGAGUGCAUUGUUGGGGCUUGCGAGUAUAAUGAUGUGUGGUUCAGAACAGUCGUGACUGCGUGUCAUCUUUUACAAGAUAUCGCGCAGCUUCCAGGCGGUGUCGACUACGUGGUCGGGAGUGGUGGAUUAGCUCUGAGCGGCGGGCAGCGACAGAGAGUCAGCAUGGCGAGAGCAACUUACUGUCGCGCCAAGCUGAUACUGCUCGACGAUUCCUUCAGUGCACUGGACCGAACGACGGCCACUGCCAUACUUUUUAACCUCUGCGGUGAAAACGGCCUACUCCGUCAGUCAAACACGGCUGUAGUAGUUGUUAGCUAUCUUCCGGAGUGUCUAGAGAUUGCCGAUAACAUCAUUUACCUGGACGGACAUGGCAACUUCUCUCACCAGACUAGUCAGGCAACUAAAGCGUUAAGCUCGCAAAUUUUGAGCUUGUUACGCCAAGAGGCUGCGCUCGAAGAGAAAGCAGACGCAGACAACAAAGAGACGACGAUACAGGCGGCACAGACCGUCACUAGCACUGGUAUGCAGCGAGUCGAGGUCACGAAGCGGAAACAGGGCGACAAGGCCUUGUGUCGAUUUUGGCUGCGCGAAAUUGGGUGUGCCACUUUUACCACGUGGCUUUGCAUGUCUACCAUACACGGUGUAUUGGACAGCUUUCCCCGGGUCUAUAUGAAGAUCUGGGUGGAUAAUGCUCCCGCGAAUCGUUUAUACUUCAUUGGAUACGCCCUUUUGCCUUUUGUGUGCGGAAUAUUCUGCUUUGCAGGAGUGUUGUUUAUGUUCAAUCAUGUGAGCUCCCUUGCAGCGUUAGGCCUCCAUCAGAAGCUUGCCAAAACUGUCAUGUUAUCAACACUAGGCUUUUUGAGCGUGGUUGACUCUGGCUCUAUCUUGAACAUGUUUGGCUUGGAUAUGGAUAUUUUGACUAAAGGCGUCCCGCCUGCUGUGCACAAUACGUUAUAUUAUGGAAUCGGCGCUGUGGUGAAGCUGGUCAUUAUUUCAUCAGGAGCCGCGUACAUGACCCUUCUGAUCCCUCCGAUCCUGUUGGCACUGGUUUUCAUCCAACGAUACUCUCUUCGUACUUCACGCCAUCUCAGGCAACUGGAGCUCGAGUCGCAGGCUCCUCUCGUUACGGCAGUACGAGAGACUUCGGAUGGCUUGGUAUACAUCCGGUCAUUCGGCUGGGAAGGACAGACGCAGGCUCGUGCCCAUUUUCUGCUGGAUCGCUCCCAGAAGCCGGUAUACCUUUUGUACGCUUCGCAACAGGUGCUGGGUCUUUCCACGGACCUUGUUGCGGCUGCGAUGGCGAUACUUCUUACGGUGCUUUCUCUGUACAUCAAGCAUGGGAGGUCCGCAAACUCAGUAGGCGUCUCAUUUUUGUCGAUUGUCGUCGUCGGCAGCACACUUAACCAACUUGUGGUGGAGUGGACCUCUUUGGAGAUGAUGAUAGGUGCGCUAUCCCGUAUUCGCUCCUUCGUCACGGAGACCCCUAUCGAGUCUGGAGAAGAUACUUGCAGUCUGCCCGAGGACUGGCCGUCGAGAGGCGAAGUACUGCUGGAAAAUGUAUCAGCGCGAUACCGAAAUGAAACAGGAGAGCCAUAUGUGGUGAGAAACGUGUCAGUUACAAUCAAUCCAGGUCAAAAAUUCGGGAUAACUGGGCGGACGGGCAGUGGUAAGUCUUCACUUAUGUAUUCACUGCUCGGUUUUCUCGAUUUCCAAGGCUCGAUUAAGAUUGAUGGGGUAGAUAUCAGAAAUGCUCCGCGCGAUGAGCUCCGAGCUAGAAUUGUCACAAUAUCGCAGGACCAGGUGGAAUUGGAUGGAACAGUUCGCGACAACUUACUUCCGUUUGACACGAGAUGGGAUGACGAAGCUGUGACGCCGGACGAAGAGGACAAGGCGGAAACGGCCCUCAGAGAUAGGAUCGCACGAGAGACGCUGGUGCGACUACGGAUAUGGGACAAGGUGGAGAGCAAGGGCGGAUUGAUGUCGAUGUUGGAAGACGUGGGCUACUCGCACGGUGAGAUGCAACUGCUGUGUAUCGCGCGGGCUGUCGUGCGCCGCCGCCUCACAGGCAGUAACCUUCUUUUGGUUGAUGAAGCGACGGGCGGGGUCGAUCGAUGGCGAGACCAGAUUGUGCGGGAGAUGAUGAAGGAGUAUUUUCGGGGAUGUACGAUUAUAGUGAUUGCGCACCGCGAGGAGAGUAUUGCAGAUUCCAACGUGAUGGUGGAGAUGGCAAACGGAGAGAUGAAGACGCCACGAGUUUUCUAUUGA